UAGGAGACUGGCCUCGUCUAGUACCUCCUACAAAAAAAUCGGCAGCCAUGCUAGCACAAGAGUUUUCGAACCCCGUUAUAGUCCUGCUCCCAGAUGGCUCGAUUCGUUUGUAUCACGAGCCACUGCUGCAGGUAGCAGACGUUCUAAGAGGCUUCCCGCGCCAUUCCCUCACGUCCCUCAACCAGCUAACCGCCACUGGUAGUGCCGCUGCCCCCACAACAGCGGCAACCGGCGCAUAUGCAGUUAACGGGUAUCACACCAGCGGACCCCUUGUCUCGUCCCCCCCUACGGAUACUUCCGCCGGCCUCAUUUUCCCCGCCUUCCCCGCGCCCAAACCUCCCGGGAAGUCGGCGGAUCCCGCGGCUCUUCCGCGGGAGCAGUUUCUGCAGCCGGGCGGAACGUACGCGCUGUUCCGCGCCGCGCCUCUUUCGCGCGCAGCCUCAGCUACCUUCGCUGAAACUUCGUCACGCUCCUCGCGGUUCGAAUGGAUUGCCGAAGCGCGAAGGAAUCCGGAGCAUCCACAAGCCGCCGCCUUUUUGGGGCGCGGCGCGGCGGCGAUCAACGAUCCAAUGAUGAACAAGGCGACGCGGCAUCAUGAUCCGCCAGACGUCGCGGAAACCGCGCGCGACUCGGGAUGGGAGGCUGACGAGGAUGUCAUGCGUGCGAUCUCCCCAACCGCUGCUGCCGGCUGCUUCGCUCCCCUCGCAUCCCGUAAACCCGCCGCCGCCGCCGCCGCCGCGCCCGCAGAUUCUCAACGCGGUUCGGGCGACGAGGCGCGAGGCCUUGGCGCGACGGCGUCCAAUCACGUAUGGCUCACCGCCGCGUCGCGGUUGUUCCGAGCGUCGUCCAUGCCGUCAGGGGGCGACUCGAUUCCAUUCGGAGUGGGCGUAAGCUUAGCGGCGCCGCCCGCGACGCGGAGUCCACCUCCGUCGCUGCUCACUGGCGAAGCCGCGCCCGCCGCCGGAGGUUGCGGCAGCCACAGCGAACGCGCUGCUUCCAAUCUGAGUCGCAGUCCGAGUGGCACUAAUGCGCCUGCCACUAGUACAUCCACCGUUGUUUCCAGCACGGAGUCUUCAUCAUCAUUCUCCUCCUCCUCCUCUCUUCGUCGCACGCGGAGCAGCGUCGGUCAUGUCACCGCCGACGACGACCCCGUCGCAGCUCCCGCAGGCCCCGCGGCGUCCCUGGCUUCCGCCGCGCCCCUCAUCUCUCCGCGCGGCCUAAUCUCCGCCUCCUCGCGGAAGCUCGUCCGCGCGCUCACGGCCCUGCCCCGCCCGCGCCUCGCGCGGAGCUGCGACGUCCGCGCGGCGGCGGACCGCGGAGUAGCCACGUUCCUAGCAGCCUGCGACGACAGCAGCGCCGGCGGCAGGAGCAGCGGGGACGGCGGCGGGCGCGAAGGAGGCGGAGGCCGCUUCCGCGAUGGCGGCGGCAGUGGCGGAAGCUUCUUAGAGGGAUCGGGUCCCUGGUCGCUUGUAGACUUCCUCUCGCCGAAAGAGAACCCGGCCGGGGCGGGAGGAAACGCCAGGCAGCGGGGCUUUCGAGUUGACGGUCCCAGUGAUUCUCGCCGUGGCGACGACCUGUGCAGCUUCCAGUCCGCGACCACUACGACAACUACUACUAGUAGUAUCACCGCUCAUGCCGCCAGCGCAGGUAGCGGCACGACCAAGGGCCACGGUCACGGUCACGGAGAGCGUGGCAGGAAAGAAGCUGUCGCUGAGUCCGCUGGCUCCGGCGACGGCGCGGGCGCCGCCUUCACGAGCGACUGGGCGAGCCAAAUGGCGGAGUUCAUCGGCGCGAGCAGUGCGCCUGGUGCGCCCGGUGCGGCUGGUGCUGCUGCUGCUCCUGGUGCUGCAGUGUCCGGUGGUAGUAGCGAAACGGCAAGAGAUCAUGCAUUAACUACUGACCGUGUGCAUCGGCCCAGCGGUGGUGACAGCUGGAGCGGCGGCGGCGGCGGUGGUGGGGGGGACAGGAACGGGAACGGGAUCGGGAACGGGUUGUUGGUGGGGCGACGUGCGUUCAGCGGGCUGCUGUUGCCAGCAGUGGUGUCUUCCGGUACACUAGAGGAGGCGACGAGAGGGGGUGACGGGGACACUCCUGCUGCGGUGGCUACUAGUGCAGGCACAACCGGUGGUGGGGUAAGUCCCGGUGGGAUGACUCGGAGCAGGAGCAGCGUGAGUGAGAGCUGGGGUAACCGGAGUGAGGGCGGCAGCAGCAGCAGCAGCGGCGGCGGCAGCUUCGGCAGUGGCGGCGGUUUCAGUGGUGGUGGAGUGAGAGGCAGCAAGGCCAGCUUCAGAAGCAGCAGUAUGCGGAGCUCUUCUACCAACGGCAGCAGCAGCAGCGGUGGCGGCAGCAGCAGCGGCAGCGGCAGCGGCUUGCAGUCGGAGCCUCAGCGCUUAGCCCAGUUCAAGUCGCUGCGGCUGCAGGUGUCUCGCCCCUCGGGUGCUGCUGUGAUGGGCGAGCGCGGCGGAGGGCUGGACGUGGGGCCCAGGACCACUGGCGCGAGGAGUGCAGGCGGUGGCUGGGCGCGGGGCACAGCCAGUGCAAGCGAGAGGCACAGAGAUUGUAGCGUGAGUGCUGGGCGCAGCACUGGGCGGGCUGGUGGUCUGCAAGCAGGGAGUUUUUCAGCAGGCAAUAGUGGUGGUGGAGGCAUGUUUGGGGCAGGCGAGAGGGGCGCAGUGGGGAGCUGUGAUGGGGGGAGUGCUGGAGAAGGUGCAAGAAGGGCUGUGGCCGCCAGGGAAGGAGCAGGCAUGAGGGAGGGCAUGAGCGACUGCAUGAGAGAUGGCAGUGCUGCUGCUGAUGGGCCCAUCAUAGCAGCGCAGAAGCCGUUUGUGAUGAGUCUGACGUCCCCAGGGCACGGGUCCACAUGGGUGAUGGACUGGUUCUCUCCCAGAGUGCUCUCCGCCCCCUCCACUCCGCUUCCGCUGUUACCACGAUCUGCCGCGGUUACCACUCCGUCGUCCGUGCUACCACGUGCAAUUCCCAGCGGGGCUUCUAGAACCCCACCUCCUGCACCACCUGUGAGGAUGGUAUCGGCGCCAUCCUCCAAGAGCCCUCGCAAGAGCCCUCGCGUGUUGCCUGUUUCCCCAGUUUCCACUCCUCAAGCUGCUCCUGGUUCACUGCACAAUCGGGGUUUACCAAAUCCACUGGACAGCGACUCAACAGAAACGCGAUCGGCGGCCACUUCACUCGUUUUCACCCGGCCUGUACAUGUCACAGAGGAGUUGAACACUUUAUAUUCCUGAAGUAUGCUGUGAAGUGAAAUAGGCUGUUCUGACCUGGUUCUCCCAUUUCCAGCCACAUAAGGCAUGCACCAUGCAUGAUUUGUUGUUUCCUCCAUGUGCUCCUACCAAUGGUCGUCCAUUGUGUAGCCAUUGUACGGAAGUGAGGAGGCAAGGCAACGCUAGCUGACAAUUGUGUUGCAAGGCUUGAGCUGCUCCGAACCUACUGGUUGUACCUGUCUAACAUAUAUUGUAUGUUUCUGU